UUUUCCUGGGUAUUAGUUCUUCGUCCUGUUAACUGCCUGUUAUUGAUGCAGACUCUUCUGAAGGGGUGAGCUGAGUGUUAUCUCUACAGAAAGGGCAGAUAAGCCAUGUUCGUUGUAGGAGCUGAUUAAUAAGAAAUGCAAAAUCAGUGUGGAUAGUUGCAGCUGAUGCAACCAGUUCUGUGGAAGCCAGCGAAGCUGCACCCGUUUGCAUCAGCGGCGAAUCCCUCCCCUGACCCGUGCCGAUCUCCUGUACCUCUGGACGAGGUGGGCAUGUCUGCUUCAUCUGCAGUGCCUGGCUGUCUCUGCAGAAAGCCCCAUGAACUUGGCCAGAGUGCCCAUCAGUACUAGUGCAUCUAGAAGCAGCAUCAGGCAAGGAGUUAGGUGCUUUACUAUUCUGCCUGGCUUGUUCAUUGGCAACUUUAAAGAUGCCCGAGAUGUAGAGCAAUUGAGUAAGAAUAACAUCACGCACAUUCUUUCAAUCCACGACAGUGCCCGUCCUAUGCUUGAGGGAGUGAAGUAUCUAUGCAUUCCUGCUGCUGACUCACCCUCGCAGAACUUGGCAAGGCAUUUCAGAGAGAGCAUCAAAUUUAUCCAUGAGUGCCGGCUUACAGGUGAAGGCUGCCUUGUUCAUUGCCUUGCAGGUGUCUCCAGGAGUGUAACACUAGUGGUUGCCUACAUCAUGACAAUCACAGACUUUGGUUGGGAAGAUGCACUGUCUGUUGUCCGUGCAGCAAGAUCCUGUGCCAAUCCCAACAUGGGCUUCCAGAGGCAGCUACAGGACUUUGAAAAACAUGAUGUUAAUCAGUUCAGGCAGUGGCUGAAAGAAGAAUAUGGGGAAAACUCUUCUCAGGAUCUGCAAGAAGCCAAAAAUCUUCUGAGCAAAUAUAAAGAGCAGGCAGAGUUGCAUCAGAGUACUGGAGGAAGACAGUGGAAUAACAACUUCUCAUCUGUGCCAUCUCUCUCAUACAGCAACUACACAACAGAGACCUAAUCGUAGGAGGUUGAAUUUUUUUCUUUCUACCUUUGAAAAACAUCUUGCCGUAAUUUCCAUCGCAUCUUCAAGACUCUCAGCAGUAAUCAUGCAAACAGUUGAUUUGUAGAAAGCUUCUUGAUGAAAAUACUACAUUAUGUGUGUGUGUGUGUGUGUGAGUGUGUUUCACACAGUUCUAUAACCUGGGCAGGAUCAAGCUCUCUGUAUGCCCAGAGACAUGAUUCAGUUGCUGUGGCUGAGCCCGUUUAUCAGGCAGCCACAGUUAUUAUCCCCAUAUGCCCACAUCGCCUGGCAUUUGCUGUGAGGUUAGCUUGACCCCUUUCAUUGUAGGCUAGCAAAGCGCUCUGAGAGGUGAAGUCUUGUGAUUCAAGCUGUGGCAGUUUGACAUCUCUGCACUGUGAAUGUGGCAAAGAUGUUAUUGCACCUGAAGAAGAGACUUGGGUCCGUGUCUCCGCUGUUCCUGUUCACAGUCCAUUGUCAAGUAGCACUGUGGAGGUGGGCUUGAACGUGAAUGCUAGGCUGCAAACUGGAGCAGAUGAGAUACGGGUACAUGUAUCUUUCUACCAACAGUAGCAUCUAGGAGAGAAGUGGGACAGACAGCUCUGAGUAAUAACAUCUUCAACUGCCACAGUUGUACUUGCUUCAGUGCACGUGAGACAGAGCUGUUGGUAGAACUGCCACAGACCAAGAGCGCCGAGACUGUUACCACAGCUCAGCUGAUGUGCACUGAUUUAAGUCAUGGUCCCUCGAUUGUGCAUCUGCUUUCCCAACAUGAGCUUCUCUGGAGAAUAGUUCAUCUGGUCUCCAGUGCCGCUGAACUUCAUUCCCUGUGGAACACGUGCCUCUUCAACACUUGCCCCCGCGCACAAUAUAACGUGUCUCCAAAGAGUGGGCUCAGUGUGAGUGUGAGCACCUGUUUCUUUGCUUGUGCUGUGGUUUGCUCUUUGACUUCAGCUACCUCAAAAAUGCUGUUCUUGUCAUUGUGGUUGUAAAUGCAACCUUGAAAAUUGCCUUGUGUAAUCUUAAUCUGACACUGAGUGAAGUGGGCGCGUGUCUGUGUGUGUGUGCGCGCGCAUGUAUAUUUCAUAAAUGUCUGUAUUUGAGAGGUUCAUUGUUUUCUUUUAAAACUUCUCAUAUUUCUCACUGGUUUAAAAAUUGAGUUGUUUGAAUUCAACUUUCUGCCAUUUUAAAACCACUACGUGUUUUGCUGGGAUCAGAUUUGUAGGAAUGCAUUUGUAAAAUAUAUUUUAAACUAAGUUAAAACUAGGGGCCAUACUCUGUUAACAUUGUGUGUUUCUGGAAUGGAGCCAUUGCCUGACUCAAGUGUACUCUAAGACUGUAACUUCAAAAUAUGUCACCAGGGAUGCUGGGCAGUGUAUUGAUUUCUGAUCGUGUGGCACUGAUGGCAAGAUCAUGGUUUCUUGUCUUUGACUCAGAGGAAGAAAGGCCUGUUUUUCUUGAAGAUUCAAGUAUUCUGACCUCCCAUCCCUUCCUCUUCAUGUGAUUUCCUGCUUGCUUGGGGUGGCAGUGAAUUCUUUGGAUGGGAGCAAAGCUUUUGGGGUCAAGUAGCACCUGGCUGUUAAAUAUCUGUUAUUAUCUCCAAAAAAUAUAUGUUGUGGCUUGUGGAAUAUAGAUCUUGCAUAUCAAUAAUUACCAAAAAGGAAAAAAGGGAAUGGGGUGGAAGCGACCUGACCAUUUCAGCUAAGUCCAGGCCUGCAUCAGGGUUCUUAUUGCACUAUGUGUUCUAAGUGUACUGAACACAGCGAGAGCAGGAUAAUUGUGUCUGUGUUGCAGUAAGUGGUGGGAAUCAUGCUGGAAUUGACUUUGUUUUCAGGCUUGUAGUUAAAUGAACCGUGACCUAUUUGGGAUAUCCAGCAACUGCUCUGUGUUUGCCUGCUAACAGAAGUAUUUAGCUUUUCUCAAAUAUGUUGAUCUGCAAAUAAUUGGCUGUUUAGGAAUUCCAACACAGCAGUGCCCGCACGGGCAGUCCCCUCUCUGCUCCGAGGGCAGAUGUGGUAAUUGGGAAAUGCUUCCCUCACUGACAGGGUCUGACCACGUGCUCAGGAUAUUUGUCCAUUUUUUAAGCCCGCUCCUCACUGUAGAAUCUGUGGUGCAACUUGAGCCUGCCUGCAGUGGGCAGCUUCAUCAGAAGUAGCCUGCCUGUGCUCUUGGAGGGAUCCGAUCCGGUCAGUCUGUCCUGUAGCUGACUGCCAGUGCUAUGGAUCCUGUAACGCCCCCAGCACUCUCAUUCUUGCAGUAGUGAUCUUGUUGAGUGCUGGUAACCGGACGAUGAUUCUUUUUUCUGUUCUGACAAAUACAAGGCAGAGUGGGAGACAUCUGUUAAUGAUCAUGUGUCCAAGAUAAUUCUGUACUGAAUUUUUUUUAGUAGUUUGGUUGUCCCCAUAGAGUCAGUCCCACAAAUAGGAUAUUUUUUUUUGGUUGUUAGAACUGAAUUUGGCUUUAGGGCCAUAAAGCCAUAUCAAUGUGCAUUAUGCUGCAACUGGAAAGCAGAUACAGGGUAAAGCAGGAAGACAGAGGGAGUGCCAUAUUGUCAGCAAGUGGAAGUGCUUCUCUCUUUUUAAAAGACAGAAGAGGUAUUUUCUGUAGGCUUUUGCAUCUACAUCUUGUUUAGCAGUCUAUAUGUACUGCAUACUGCAUUUAAGAGUGGUAAAAGAGCAAAAGCAGUCUAAGAAAACCUGAAUCUGGUUUCUCCUUGUAGAAUGAUAGUUUUCUCUUUUAUUUACCACAAGGUGCAGAAGAGAGAGUAGCUACAGUUCUCACCUUUGGCCUUUUAGAAAGGGAGAGGAGCUAACACAGACUGAGAACGUGACGUGAUUUGUCUUCCAACCAGCCUUUUGGUGGCAGUUUGUAGGACUUUCCAGCAAUCUGGAACAUGACUAGACCCCAGUCCACCUCUUAGUCACUGGCCUUCAUGGUGUAGACAGUGCACUCAAUUGUUUUGUUUCUGUACUUCAAAACAUUGUCCUCAUUUUGAUGUUCACUGGAAAAUGUAUAAAGCUUAUUGGAUAUCCAAAUUUGAAAUGUAUAAUUGAUUUAUUGGCUAAACUUGAUAUCCAUGUGUGAUUAUAAGCAAAAGUUUAGUGUUACACAAUGUAGGUAAUGGGUAAACGCAUUAGUAUUUAUUACCCUGUUUUUUAACCUGGAAAGAGUUGUUUCUGUACAUUUUAUGGUUGAAUGGGAAGAUAUGGCAAAUCAUAUCUCUGUUUUUUAAAAAGGACAGUAAUAACAUUGGUUGCUAUAAUGGCCACUGCCUACAAACAAGUCAGUGAAAAAUUAUAGUGAUUAUUUCAGCUAGUUUAAAAACUCUAAACUUUGAGAGCUUCUUGAUUAUCUGUCUUCCUCUUCCUGGGCAUCUUAGCAAAGCCUUGAUUGCUUUUUCCAAAUGUUUGUAUUUAAUAAGUUCUACAAUUUUUUUAUAAAUAAAAGUAAAUGUUAACAUCUGA